GUCGCCAAUUCUUUUUAAACAUAACUUUGUUGUCCAUUUGAUGAUGUGUUCUACACUAUAAGUCGUUGUGAUUUUACUAUCCAUAAUCUGUUGUUUGAGCUAAAUGUAAUCAGUUGUGAUUACACGAGCGUGUAAAUCCUUCUCUCGCCUGUUUUCAGAUUAACUACUUAAAAUGAUAUCGGCGUAAAAUUAUACACAGAAAUGGAAGAUCAGUCCCCGUCUGUUCAGUCCUGAAUUUAUUUUAAAUUGCUGUUUCCAUGUGAACAGUGUAAAUGUAUUUCUAGCAUUUAUUUCCAAAUUUGCCUUUGAUAAGUGGCGAUGCAUGUCCACGUGGAAAAAAGCUCGUGAUUGAAAUUUCGCUUAUUUGCCUAAGACUUUAUUGAGCACACAGUAGGACUUUCGGCGACAGGAACAUUUCACCAGAUGGUCCAAUAUUGACAGUGGCUGUGAUUCUUUAUGUUGCUUCUGUCGAUUAGAUUUUCACACGAAUUUACAUUGACCUCAUUGUUUGGUUCAACCCUUUUUUGACAACUUGGGUUGGUGGUAAAUAUUUAUUCUUCACAAGCCAACUUGACACUUCGAAUACACAUAUGCUUACCCAUACUGAGGGUCGGGAGUACGUUAUAAAAAAAACCCUGACACCCAUUGAAAAUAAAACUUUAGUGAACAAUGAAAAAAAAAUAACAAGAGAAGACCACCAAAAAUGUCAAUUUACGGCGUUCUUUUAAAAUUUUAUUGUCACCGAGGAGCACUUAUGAACGAAAAGCUCAUCAACAAGACGCGAAAUAAUGGGCAAUUUAAAUCCAUUUCGAUGAAUUAUGUUUGAAAAGCUGCGUGGAGUACGUUAAAGUAUAUGAAAUUUACAGUCUUCAAGUUGACAAUUGUUUUAGUUUAGUCGUUGAGUAAGUACCGAUUGCACCAUAAAUCAUGGUUUUUGUGUUUAUUAUGGUGGAUUAAGUAUUUUCGGUCCCUGUUCUUGUGGCGCUCUGGAGAUCCUAAAUCAUGCGAGGUUAUUCCUUAUCAAGGGACAUGGUUCCGAAAGACCUCAGAUAUCAAUAGCUGUCUCGAUUUAUUUACUUUGAUUUUUAAUUUAUUGCGUAAUGUGGGAACGAUAACAAAUCGUUGCAUGCCGUUUUCUUGGAGAAGAGGUAAACAGUAACUUGUAGAAAAUUCGGGACAGCCUGAUAAGGAAAACACACGGGGGCUUUUGCUAUUAACUGGACACAAGAUUUUGAAGUGUGCACUGGAUUUAACUGUUGUGCAUCCUCUUGGUAUCUAUAGAUCCAGGGCAAGAUUUGUGUAUAUUAAAGGAUUAUUUUCCACCUAAACCGUUCUUUAGUCUAAGUAGGAAACGUCGGGAUCAGCAGGCACCAAAGGCGAAGUGUUAACACACAUUUAUCGAUGUGCUAGAAGUGCUGUUAAUUAAUUUUUGUAUUAAUUAAUCAUUGGUAAGCACUUAAUAGACGAAGAAGUGAAAUCUUUGGCAUCUAAUUAGUAAUCCGCUAAAGACUUUUCAACAGGAUUAACUCAAUUAAUCUCAGAACAAAGCUCUAAAUGCAAUUGUACACGAUGGGGUCUUUUCUAUGUCUGUUUAAACAAAGGUAAAUACACUUGUCACCUAACAAUGCGUCAUAUGAAUAACCUGCACAUUUUGGAUUCUAACGGAAAAGACCAGUUCAUCUAAGCGUUCGAGAGACUUUGGGUGUAAAAUGCCUUCCUUAGAGUCGCCUAGCUUCAGCUCCUCUCGCAUACAAAGAGCGUACAGGAUAAAUAACAUCGAAUAUACAAAACUCCAGGGAAAGUUAAAUCUGUUGGAGAAGGAGAAAAUUCAUUCCAAACGAGUGAUAAACCAAGACAUCCGAUUGAUCUCUCUGACUUUGGACUACAUAAACAACUGCAGUGGCCACAGUCCCGAGGGCCUCGCCCCGGACUCCGAGGAGGAAUAUGAAAGGUUGGAUGAGGGACCUUGUUUUAUGUACGGCGAGCGGAUAGUCAGUCGUAAGAAAAGGCGAUUCAAACGUUCCCAGUCGGCAGCAGAGAACAGUAGAAGUUCCGGCAGUCUGUCGUCAAUUCCUUCCCUCUUGCCUCCCGCCAUACGUCCACAAAGUAGCCCUGUCGGUCGAGCAACAUUUGUGACAACUUUACAGGCCGGAGAGAACACGCGUGACACUGACCCUUACUCAGACAAAGACUCCCUACAUUCGGAGAGCUCUUCCUUGUCGUGGAUGUCUGGAACAUCAAGUCUUACUCGAAAACUCAUCAAAGCUAGUCGCGGGAGACCAAGACGGGAAAGUCUACACGAAAAAGGACCUAGGCGCGUACGUAGUUUAAGUUCCGCAAAUAUCCAGUCACUAACAAGACAGUUGAUGCCACUUGAUGGUGGUAAAGCUAGUGCACAAGAUGAUCGCCGUGCGUCUACAUCACUCGCACGGAAUGCUGGGAUUACAGAAAUUCUUAACCAGAGACGACCAACUGUUACAGCCGAUGCAUGGAAGUCACACCUUACCGAUCAGACUAAAUCGGGUGCUCCUAUGACAAUGGCUGCCCAGAGACAGCGAAUCAUGGGUUAUAAACUACAGAUUAACGAGGACAGAAAAAGUGCUGUAAAUCAAAAGUUCAAAGAUUUCAUGAAAAAGACUAGUUAACUGGUUCUUAUAUCCUAGGUUUUGUGUGCCAAACGUCUUGUAAACAGAUCAUAGUUAUAUUUAUAUACACUUUAUAUCGCAAAUAUGCUUGCAUUUUGUAAAUUCGCAUUUGCAUAUAUUAUUUAAUGAAAAUGUGAUGAUAGUAAUGUUUCACUGUUAUUUACAAUGAAAUCUAACAGAUUUUACAUGUAUUAUUGAUUUCGGUGUGAACCGAUACAAAACCUAUUAAUGCGAAUAGCGAUACAAUAGCCUCGAUUUCAUUAUUUUCUAUUUCAUGUCGGAACGAGAAAGAAUGUCUGGAAAAUCUGUGGUGUUCGAUGAUAUGUAUGUUGCUUACUACUAUUACCACCAGUUGAUAUAAAAUAACGAAUUUAAAUGCAAAUUCAACUAAGCUAACCAAAUGACACAAGAUUUUUCAGUGAAGUAAAAUCCUACUCAGACACGCAAUCCAUAUUAUAGUAAGUUGACAGUUAAUAAAUUUGGUUUCAAUUUUAUUGAUA